UUGCGUUUUUACUCCACAAAGAUCAUCUCUAAAAAAAACGGACACCCUUUUGCUUGUAACAGAGGAAGAUCCUUUGUCCAUGUCGCAAAACCAGACCCAUCUUGUUUCAUGAAAAUGGUGGAGCCAUUUUUUCCGGUCGGGAGGUUUCAGUUGCAGCGAAAAAGGGUGGAGCUUAAGAGAUGGGUGGCGACAUUCAUCUCUUCGCAUCGGAAUUUACUUACUGUCCUCUGGAUCGUGGCUUUCUGUUCCUUUUUUUUGUGGCAACGAAAUGUUGUUGUCGAGCCGGGGCUUUCCUUGAGUGGGAAACCGUGGUCCGGUCGGCCCGUGCCGAAGAUGCGGGCUCUCGCGUUUAAUUUGACCGAUUUCGGCGGUGUAGGCGAUGGGGUGACGGUGAAUACGGAGGCGUUUGAAACCGCCGUGUCGGUGAUCUCGAAGCUUUGGGAGAGAGGUGGUGGGCAGCUCAAUGUGCCGCCUGGGAAGUGGCUUACGGCGCCGUUUAAUCUCACUAGUCGUAUGACUUUGUUCCUAGCUGAGGAUGCUGAGAUUCUUGGUAUCCAGGAUGAGAAGCAAUGGCCAUUAAUGCCUCCAUUGCCCUCAUACGGGCACGGAAGAGAGCAUCACGGAUCUCGGUAUGGGAGUUUAAUCCACGGUCAAAACCUCAAAGAUGUUGUUAUAACCGGGCAUAACGGUACCAUAAACGGACAGGGUCAAUCAUGGUGGAAGAAGUAUCGUCAACAGCUACUCGACCACACCAGGGGUCCACUUGUGCAGAUUAUGUGGUCUAGUGACAUCGUAAUCGCUAAUAUAACGUUACGCGAUUCUCCCUUUUGGACUUUUCAUCCGUAUGAUUGCAAGAACGUAACAGUCAGGAACGUUACCAUCCUGGCUCCUAUAUAUGGAGCCCCAAACACCGAUGGAAUCGAUCCUGAUUCGUGCACGGAUGUAGUAAUCGAAGAUUGCUACAUAAGCGUUGGAGAUGAUGCAAUUGCAAUAAAGAGUGGGUGGGAUCAAUAUGGCAUAGCUUACGAACGACCUUCAAGAAACAUUCUCGUCCGAAACCUCGUUGUACGCUCUAUGGUUAGUGCUGGCAUAUCAAUCGGCAGUGAGAUGUCAGGUGGGGUAUCCAAUGUCACUGUAGAGAACCUCCUUGUCUGGAGUUCUCGCCGUGCGGUUCGAAUCAAGACUGCUGCUGGAAGAGGUGGAUACAUUAGAGACAUAACCUACCGAAAUCUAACAUUCGAUAAUGUCCGAGUUGGAAUCAUUAUGAAGACAGACUACAACGAGCACCCUGAUGGUGAUUUCAACCCAAAAGCCCUCCCGAUAGUUAAGGACAUAAGCUUCACAGGGAUACGCGGUCAAGGAGUCCGUGUUCCCGUUCGUAUACAUGGUAGUAAAGAUAUUCCUAUAAGAAACGUGACGUUUAGGGAUAUGUCCGUCGGGUUAACGUAUAAGAAGAAGCACAUAUUCCAGUGUGGCUUUGUUCAAGGCCGCGUAAUCGGCACCAUCUUCCCCGUUCCUUGCGAAAACCUCGACAUAUACAACGAAGAGGGGCAACUCGUGAAACGUUCUGCAGCCCGGAACGUAACCGAUGUAGAUUAUGACAUAUGACAAGACAUCAGCUCGCCGGCAGCCGGCCAUUCUUUCCGGGAUCGAAGCUCAAAGGUGAAACAAGAUUGGAGAAAUGCAUGGGCUUUGAUUCAUAGAAUUAUGUAGGGAAAAUUAUCUAGUAGUUUAUACAUUUUCAUCAGCUUAAU